UGAUCUGGCAACACGUUUAAUCAGCAGGACGCGCGUGGGUUCCACCCGCCCAUUUUUGACGACUAGAUCUCCAGUGUUGGUUCAUUCCCGAGGCCGGUGAGGCGCACGAGCGCGAGCGAUCCUCCCGCGCCAUGCCUCGUUACUACUGAAGCGGACGCGCGAGAGCUCCCGAGAAGCGUGCGAUGGAGAGACGACAUUUCGGAUGACUGACGGAUCCAUUGUCUAGCAGUCAAAAUGAUAGCGACAGGUGGGCUCCUGAGAAUCUCGCGGCGGCAGGACUCGUUGCGCACCAAGAACCGAGCAGAGAACAAGAGGAGAAGGAAAGCUAGGAAGAAGAUGAAGAACAAUGUGGUGGUGGUAAAGGGCAAGCUGAAACUGGUCUCUGUAUCUGGAAUGGUUGCAGCACUUGGAGUGUUUGUCUUAAUGGUGGGAAUUUCGAUGGCUGUUCUGGGAUACUGGCCCAAAGAGGCCUCAGCUUACACAAAAGUCUUUCCAAAAGAGAAACACUCUAUAAAACAAGCAACUGAUUCCAAAAAACCUAUUUGGUCAGCCUCAAACUACACAGGUAAUUCCAAGCUCUGGAAGAAGCCGCACUGGAAUAGUAGCGAUGGGAUGAUUAAUGCUACCAAGCCUAAUUUCAGGCCUGAUGGAUUUUUUGAAGGCCUGUUUUCCACUUAUCUGUAUUCCGACAACCUCAAGGUUUUUGGACCACUGGUCAUGGGUAUUGGUAUCUUCCUUUUUAUUUGCGCCAAUGCCGUGCUCCAUGAGAACCGUGACAAAAAGACUAAAAUCAUUGACCUGAGGGACAUUUACUCUACUGUUAUAGACAUCCACAGCUUGCGCACCAAAGGCCAUGUACCUCUUAAUGGGCUGUUAGGCUGUACGCAAUCCAAGGAAGGAGAUCAUCCAUCAGCCACACAUAAGACAGCCAUGCCUUCAAGAGGUUCCUGGCCUUCUACUGUGUCAUGUAAGGAAAAAGAUUACAGGAGAUCGUCAUUCGCCAGAAAGUUCAGCUGGUCUAGAGAAAGACAAUCCCUCACAGAGACAAUCUACACCAUUUACAGAGAUCAGAACAGGCCCAAAGAGCUGACACCUGCUCCCAAGGAGUGGAAGACAUGCUCUAUAGUCACUUCAUCAGUUAAUGCUUUUACAUUGCCUGUAAUUAAACUGAACAACCAGGAAAUGGAGGGAAGACAAGAAGAACGAGAAGAAGAGCAGGCUACAUCAUACAAUCCGACAGAGAUACUGCAGCCAAAUUGCCACGGCUCUGGCUGCUCAGAAGAACUUCUCAGCACUGCCAUACAAACUAAAGCUGAGGUAUUGAGUGCAGGUAUGUUGGUAUCUCGGGAUUCCAGGCUUUCAGGUGAGGUAUCCAGUUUAUGCCAGCAACAGCUGCAGCUGCCCAGUUCUGGGUUUAGGAUCCUGGGCUCCCACCUGUCCCUGAAUGCCCUUUCUGACCCGGGCACAGGACGGCAUGAGGAAAGGUCACGCAGAUUCAGCUGCCCGAGGCUGGACCGCUUGGGCAGUAAGGGCUAUAUAAAACUGGCAGCGUUAGGAGGAGACUCAUUUGAAGCCCCAGAUGGGGGACCAGAAACAGGUGUGGAGGGACCAGAGCAGACGGAAACACAGAGUAAUGCUAUCAAUGCACAUACAUUCCCCAACAAUUCUCUCACUCAGCUGCACACAGAACCUAUCAUUUCGAACUCUCAUACAAGUGAUGUAGAUGUGGACCAAAAGGUAAAUCUCCAACAGGGAGGGCAGGUCUGAGCAUGUUUGAGCAAGUCUGCAUGCUCAGGCAUAUCAGAAAGAUGUACUUGUUAAUGGCUUAGGGUUUUUUGGUGGAAAGACUUUUUCUUAGUUUGUAGCAUAAAUAAGAUAAGCUUUUGUGCUGAACACAACACACAUAAAAGAACAUGAAAGUAUUUAAAAAGACUGGUGGUACAAUCAAACUUUUGAGGAAACCAUUACUCACUUAUUUGCAGUAUUUACAAACAAGUUGUUCUUGUGCCUUCCACUGAUCUGUUAGGCUUAUAUACUGUUCUUGUCCUGCAUUGUGUCACCUGUUAAUUAGCUCUUCUUGUAAAAAAAAAAAAAAAAAAGAGCAAUUAUGUUAUUGAUGUAUUUUCUCCUGAUUUAUUAACUUUCCACACAAAUGACUAUUUCAGCUCGAAGACCUUUAGUUGUUAGUCAAACCUCUGUACUGUGUUUAUGAAAGAGACAUCAUCUUGCUUUGCAUAUACAUCAACAGAAUAUAAUUAUGCAACCUCAUGAACUUUGUUUUAUUGUACCUGGGUAUUGUUGUGCAAUCAAACAGCAAUAACUGCUAGAGAUGAAUCCUCAGGUCUCACCUUGGCUGGAAAAUGAUAAAGACGAUAAAUGAAUUGUUCUUUCCCUAUAGACUGUUUUGUGGUUGAAUGUAUGUCAUGUUCAUGCACAAUCGUUACUGGUCAAGAGUCAAUAGAUGAAAUAAAACCAUACAAAUGAUAGAAUUUAUGGCUGAUUUGGUUUUUUUUUUUUUGUUUUUUUACUUCUGUAUGGUAAGUAUGUUUUGGUUUGUAGUGACCUCUGUUGGUGAUCAACGGUAGUGAACCUUUUAACAACGUUUCUGGAUUCAUUGUGGAACACUUGAAUACAUCUGCUAUAUCUUUGAUUAUGUUUCAUUUUUGCAAGUAAUGUUUUGUUUUCUUUUACAUACAAGAAAAAAAACAGUACGUUAUUUUAAUGUAGGGGAUUGAAUUGUCGCCUACGUUGAAUUGUGAAUUUUUCUUUUUCUAUGUAUUUGUCAGUACUUCGAAUUGUAUUUGUAGAAUAUUUAAUUUAAAUUCAAUUCAAAACCAAUAAAGUAAAUAAUACAACUA